AUGAGUUCCUUGAUGAUGAACACAGGAGGAGACCAGAAAGAUGCCAACAUCACAGGCUUUGACCUCAUACAAAAUCGGAUUGAAUCACUGAACAGCAAGAUGGACACGCUCAUCAACAUUCAAGAAAAGGUUCUCAACCGGCUCAAUGGGAUGUCUCAGGACAUUGAUGGCAUUGAAAAGGAUAUGGAAAAUCUCAAAGUUGACAAGGAGGAGAUCUAUUUUCCACCCAAGGUAGUGAACCAGACCCAGGUCAUGGGGCAAGAGGUGAGGGAUAUAUGCCAGGAGAUGACCACCAUAAUGUCAGCGGUUAACCAGCGGUCCGAGCAGCAGGCUCAGAAACUCGAGGGCAUGGAAAAACUAGUCCUCAGCAUGCAGCAGGUAAUCGGCUUCCUUGGCGAAACUGUGAAGAGCUCACGUGUUAUGGAGCUGAUGUUCAAAGGCCCUGCAGCCAGAAAGGGUGUCAAACCUAAAGACAGUAAAGGAAAGCAAGCCACUAAGAGGAAAUCAUGUACAGACACAAUAAAGAAGAAGCUUGACAAGAAAACUACCUCUAAUAAAGCCAGUAAAGGGAGUCAAGAUAUAACUCCUGCAUGUGAGUCCAGUGUUCUGCAGCCUUCUCACAAGAUAAAGCUCCAUGGACCAAAGCAUUUCCUCGCCUCACGCAAAUGCCGAAACUUUUUGAAAGACCACAGAGGCAGAGAUGGCACAGAGAAGCCCUGUUUGAGCCCUAAAGGUCUGAAAGCUCAAAAGAAGAAGAAGCCUCCAGACACAGCAGAUCAUAUCCCCUUAAAAAAGCAGGUGCUGCUGCUUGAAGAGGUGCAGAAACUCAACCAGGGGAAUGCAGAAAAAUCAGGUCACCAGAUCACCCCUGGACAUCUGGAUCUGGAGGCAGGAGUACCUCCUAAAGAUCAGCAACUUGAUGCUUCUGGUUUCAACUUGGUAGACUUACUGCGUGAAGAUGCCCAAAUAUUUAAGGAAAAACAUCAGUCAGUUGAAGGGGUUGGUGAGGAGGAGGAACUUGGGGAAAAGGUGGCUGUGGGGGAUGCAGCGAUUACAGAGGAAGAACCAAAGCUUGAUGUGGAGGAUGUGGUGAAAGAGACAGACAAAGGGCAGCAGGAAGUCCAAGAGGAGGAGAAGAAGGAGAAGAAGGAGGAGGAGGAGGAGGCUUCUGUUGCUGAAGAAGUAGUCGAAAAACCAGAACUCCCUGCUGCCCAUGAUGAUCAAAAAGACCAGACUGUGACAAGUGAUGAAAACCAAAGCAAGUCCCCACCUCAAGAGGCUGAGCAGGACCAGAUAGCAGAGGUGAAGGAGGAGAAAGAAGAAGAGGAGGGGAAGGAAGACAACAAGGAGGAUGAACAGAUCCUGGAGUCUGAGGGGUGGGCUGUCUUCAGGGCAGAUGGAGUUGAGUUCCAGUUAGACCUAAAAGCAAGGGUGGAACAAGAGAGACAGAAGAAGGAAGCAGAGAAUGAUGUGGAAACGAAGAGUGAUGAUGACGAACCAGAGAGGUACUAUAUUGACUCCACCCCUCCUGCAGCAGCUCCGUUUAAUCACCGCAUUGUGUCAGCCAAGCCCAAUCAGAUCAUCAACUUCUACACCAUCAACUGGCAGGAGGUCCUAGGCGGGGGUCGUUUUGGUCAGGUGCACAAGUGUAUUGAGAACUCCUCUGGUCUCACUUUGGCAGCGAAGGUCAUCAAAGCCAGGUCUCAGAAAGAUAAGGACGUGGUGAAGAAUGAGAUCCAGGUCAUGAAUAAUCUGGACCAUGCGAACCUGAUCCAACUCUAUGCAGCUUAUGAGUCAAGGAAUGACAUCAUCCUUGUGCUUGAAUAUGUUGGUGGAGGGGAACUGUUUGACAGGAUCAUUGAUGAAAACUACACUUUAAUGGAGCUGGAUGCUGUGCUGUUCAUCAGGCAGAUCUGUGACGGUCUGCAGCACAUGCACAAAAUGUACAUCCUACACCUGGACUUAAAGCCAGAAAACAUUCUGUGCGUGAACAGAGUCACAAACAAGAUCAAGAUCAUUGACUUUGGUCUUGCCAGAAUAUAUAAACCGAGGGAGAAGCUGCGAGUGAAUUUUGGCACCCCUGAGUUUCUCGCUCCUGAAGUGAUCAACUACGACUUUGUGUCGUUUAAUACAGACAUGUGGAGCCUCGGUGUCAUCACCUACAUGAUUCUGAGUGGUCUCUGUCCCUUCCUUGGCGAUGAUGACAACCAGACUCUGAAUAACAUCUUGUCCUGUCAGUGGAACUUUGAUGAACCAGAGUUUAUAGAUACGUCCGAGGAGGCCAAAGACUUCAUCAAAAGACUCCUCAUUGUAAACAAAAGUUGGAGGAUGGGGGCAUCUGAGGCCUUGAGACAUCCUUGGCUUGCUGACUCAGUCCUUCAUCACCGACUGUAUACCAAGAAAACUAUGUGCAGAUCACGACGCUCAUCAUGCGUGCCCAUGACUAAUAGUUGA